CUCACUCGUAAAUCUAGGUUAAACUGGUGAAUUGUGAACGACUUUCAAGUGUCACAAUCAUUAUCAUUUAUUCAAGCUACAACGAUAAAUAAAAUGAAAUGGAUUAGUAAAAUCGCUUAUGGAACGGGUCAAAUGCUUAAAGAUCUUGUUGCAGGAGUUAUUAGUAUAUUCUACAUAAUAUUCUAUGAAGGAUGUAUCAGUCUGAGCAGUUCACAAGUUGGGGGAUUAAUACUGUGUGGUCAGAUUGUCAAUGGAUUAGCCACACCAUUGAUUGGUUAUUUAUCAGAUCGUUCACUCGGUUCAACUGAAAAAUCGACAGCAGAUCACCAGUCGAUAACAUGUGAAAAUGAAAAUGUAAAGAAGAAUAAGAGGUUGUUGAAUCUAAUGAAACGGCAGUUGAGACUUGGACCGAGAAAGUCAUGGCAUUUAGCUGGAUGUUUAUUGAUAGUUAUUGCCUUUCCAUUGAUGUUUGGACAACCGGAAUAUUUAGUUAGGCUUCCAGUUUGGGCGAAGUUAUUGAUCAAUAGUAUGUUUAUGAUCUGUGUUCAGGUUGGUUGGGCAGCUGUACAAAUUCCUCACUUAUCAAUUAUCAAUGAUUUGACAGAUCAACAUGAUGAACGAGUAUUACUUGCAUCGUUACGAUAUUUCUUCAGUGGUAUAGGUGAUAUGGCUACAUUGCUUGUGACGUAUCUGUUUUUUGAAUCAGAGAAAUCCAGUUUGUUAAUUUUGAAAUCAGUAAAUGAAACUGGCAACAAUGUGAACAACAGUCAACUAUUCACAAAAUCAUUACUAACAACCGACAAUAUUGUUGAAAGUAAACGAGUAACAUUGGUCAAUGAUUCGAUAAAUAAUCAGUCGACAAAUGUUGGAAAACAGUCAGUUGUACAUUCAGAAUACAAUAUAACAAUUCAAGAUUUGCCCAUAUUUCGAAAUGUUGCAUUGAUUGUCGUUGGGAUUGGAGUAUUAUUCACAAUAAUCUUCCAUUGUGGUGUUCAUGAAGGUAAACCGAAAGCACAACAACCUUUCACAAUCCAAUCCAAUGAAAAAACAUCAGGUGAAUUCCCAGAGGUGAAUGGCACAAGCAACAAUAACGGGUUCAAUAAUGAUAAUUCUGUUGUGGCUUUCCAAAUCAAAUCUAAACGCAAACGGACCUACAGCCUUUCAUCUACACUUCCUUGGUAUGCUUGGUUUACACUACCAAGAUUUUGGUUGAGCUGUUCUAUAUUCAGUAUAAUGCGUCUUGGUGUAACUGUUUCUGUGUUGUACAGUGGUCCAUUUUUGUUGAAUUCAUUAAAAAUGAAUAAAAGUUCAAUGGUUUCUGUUCAAUUAGUUACUACAAUUUCUUGUUUGAUCACGUCAGUUGCUGUACAAAGAAUCAAUAAAUUACUCGGGAAUUAUAUUGGUUCAGUCGUCGGUGUUCUAUUUACCCUUGGAUUUUGUACAAUCGCUUACUUUUUAAAAUCAGCCGAUGAAAACCUCAUAGAAAUCUAUGUUUCUGCAGUCAUUCUAGGCAUUGGUAACACAAUCAAUAAUGUUCGAGCAGUGGUUGCGAUUACAACGUUGAUCGGUGUAAAACAAGUAUACACAGCAGCAUUUGUUCAUGGGAUCGCAUCAUUGUUUGACAAAAUCUUGACUGGUAUCUUCAUUCAAUGCAUACAACUCUGUGUACCUCAGUUAACUUAUAGACAUAUAAAGGUGUAUAUUGUAGGUAGUUUGGCAGUAUUCGGUGGUAUCCUGGCGACAAUUGAUAAUUUCAUUUACUCAGAGACUUUAGAAAGUACAAACGCACCUUGUCUUUCAUGUAUUAGUAGAAGAACAACUUCAUCAUCGUCUCCACCACCAUCGAAAUUUCAGGGUGACUAAACCUUUAAUCAUGUUAGUAAUGAUAAUCGAACUAAUGGUAACUGUAGAUGCUAAUCAACAUAUUUAUGUAUCAAUAAUGAAAGUCAAAAAUCUUUCCGCAUUCAACAAAACAUCUUCAUGUUCGAUCAGUCUACCACUUUUCAAUCUCUCAGUCUAUUGAUGUAUAUUCACCUACCUUUUUUUGGCAAGAAACUCUAUCUGUUAUGGUACUUAUAACAUGAAAACCAUAUUUUUCUUAAGCAAUCUACUAUCGAAUACUUUAUUGAACCUUUCCAUUGAAUACAUCAGGCUGCAUUAAUUAGACCCUUGAUGUAAAGUAAGAAAAUGGAGUAUUCACAAUCUUUGUUAUACUAAAGGAAUAUUGUAUUUAUUAUCCAUGGAUAUUCAUGAUUGAUUCUUCGACAGGAAUUUUCUCUGUAAACAAACAGAAGUUAAAGUGUAGGUAACAUUAUUUUUCCUAAUAAAACAAGUAGAAAUAAAUUGUCUCAUUCACCAAGUAUUCUAACUUUAUUCAUUGACUUUAAAAUUGGUUUACAUUAGUAACUGAUGAAUAAAUGAAACUAAGAGAUUGACAGUUAUUUAUUUGCGUUCUGAACUCCUCAUCAGGAUAACCUAUGAAUAGUUUGUGAUUUAAUUUAGACAAUUGAAAAGGUGAG